AUGAAAUCGUUCAGCCUGAUCCUACUCAUCUUCCUCCUCGCUGGGCUGGGUUCCAAGGCUGCCCCGUCCGCCUCUUCGCCUUUAGGCACUGACUUUCCAGGGAUGAAACAUCCUUCUAAGACUUCCUCUCCUGCUUCUGAAAAUUCCACUAGAGAUCGGCCUAACUCAGAAUUCCCGGGGACUCUUUAUCCUGAACCCUCUCAGACACCUCACAUAGUUUUCCCGGAGGCCUCCAUCCCCCUUAACUUCACCGAGACCCCCAUCCCAGACCUCCUAGAAACCUCACUCUCAGUGUCUCCUAAGACCCCUAAGGCUGACUCACUCCCAAUCUCAAUAUCAGAAUCACUGGACAGCCCCAAAAUUAACUCCUCUCAAAUGACACACACAGAGCCUACUAAGACCCACAAACUUGACAGGACUGAAAAUCUACACCCAGCAUCCUCUGAGAUCCCCCAAACUGAUGCCUCCAAAACUUCAUGCCUGGAAUUUCCUGAGGCCCAAAACACUUACCCUAUGCAAACCGCACACCAAGAACCCCCAGAGAUUCCCAGACUUAAUGCCACUGAAAUCUCACACGCAGGAACUACCAAGACCCCAAAUCCUGACCCCACCAAGACCUUUGACCCUAAAUCUCCAGAAACACAUAAUCCUGACACCACUCAGAGCCCCAACUCUGAAUUUUCCCAGACCCUGUAUCCUGACACUACUGAAACUCCCCACCCGGAAUCCCCUGUGACCCACAACCUCAACCCCACUGAAAUUUCUCAAACCAAAUUCCCCACAACCCAAUUCCAAGAUGCAACAGAUAUCCUCAUUACCUCUGACCCUGAAAUCGCCACUAGUCUUUAUCCAGAAACACCUGCACCCUUAGGGAAUAAAGGUAUUGCCCUAAUUCAGCUGCCCUUAAGACCCAAACUAGAAACACUUGCAGUCACCCACCCUGACUCCCCUAAAUUGCCCACCUCAGAUUCACCAGAGGCCAUUGAACUGAAAGCUCCCCAGAACUCUGGCCCUAAGGGGCCCGACUCUUCUCAUCCCUCAGCCCGGAUUGCAGGCCCCCUUGCUCUUCUAGGGCCCCCAAAUCAGCUGGCCCCUGCCACUCUGCAGGCACCCCAGCGGCGCAGUGGAAGUGAGAGAGUCAACACUAUCAUCGUGGUAGAACGAGUGAAGGAGACCGGCGUGACUCUGGUGGGGCGCCCACGCGGCUCAGCAGGCGGGGCCCUUUGCCUGUUCUUUGCGGGGAUUGGGCUGCUGCUUGGCAUCUUCCUGCUGCUGUGGUGUCUCUACCGUCGGGCAGCUCAACACCGACCUUUCGCACACCACCGGCUACCGAACGACGGAGAUGAGCCUGUUAUGCAUUUAGAUACCCCAAAGGACCCCUACGACCUCUACUUUUAUGCUCCGGAUGCCUGGAUCCCUUCUCACAUUGCCACCAAGCAACCACUGCCCACACCCCCGCUGCCACCCAAGCUGCCCCCACCGCCCCGCGGAAGUCGCCCUCAGAGCCUGGAGGCAUUGUCUCCUGCCACGCUCCCCAACAAUUUUGUAUGA